AUGGAUUCCAAUGACGAUUGUUUAACGAACUGCGAGUUGGAUGAGUAUGAAAGUGGAGAUGAUAGGGAUUUAGUGGACAUGCAAGAGGAUAAAUACUGUUACGAAGUUCUCGGCUCCAAGGAAAUAGUUACUGACAUGCUGAAAAAAAUAACCUCUAUUAACACUAUCCUGCAAGUUCCAAACACGGUUACGAGAAUUUUGCUGCAUCACUUUAAUUGGGAUGAAGACAAACUCCUGGAAAAAUUCUACACCGAAAACAGAGCUGUCCUCUUUAACGAGGCUCGCAUAGUUGAUCCUGCGUCAAUCGGUAACAGUAACAACAAAUUAUCUGUGGGUUCUACAGAGGACUGUGACAUCUGCAUGAAUCCACUCUCUAAAGACUCGAUGACCGGGUUGGAGUGCGAACACCAAUUUUGCGGCGACUGCUGGAACCAAUAUCUCUCCAUGAAGGUGAUGGAUGAAGGUGAGUGCCUCACUAUCGCAUGUCCGGCUCACAAGUGCGACAUUUUAGUAGACGACACCACAGCGAUGACGAUGAUUCAGGAUCCCGAAGUAAAGGCCAAGUAUCAGCAUUUAAUAACACAAAGUUUUGUUGAAUACAACAGAUUGUUGAAAUGGUGUCCAACUCCAGACUGCAACCGGGCGAUAAAAGUCCAGUAUGUUGAUUGUAAACCCGUGACGUGUGACUGCGGGCAGACAUUUUGUUUCAAGUGCAACGAGAAGUGGCAUGCGCCUAUUUUGUGUGAUUAUUUGAGAAAAUGGCUGAAGAAAUUAGAGAAUGACUCGGCGAGCUUGGCCUGGGUAGAAUUGAACACCAAGAAGUGUCCGAGCUGCUUUGCGAUAAUUGAAAAAAAUGGUGGGUGUAACCACAUGACCUGCAAGAAGUGCAAACACGAAUUCUGUUGGAUCUGCAACGAGAAAUGGAAGCAACACAACGACUUAUACAAAUGCAAUCGGUACCGGGAGGAAAAGGAAGCUCAGGGGAUUGACUCAACCAAGUUACAGUUAAAAAGGUACUUGUUUCAUUCUGAGAGGUACAUGAAUCAUAUGAACUCCCUUAAACUGGAGAAGAAUUUGUAUGAAGCUGUCGAGAAGAAGGCUCGGGAGUACCAGGUAAUGAGAAUGUCCUGGGCAGAGUGCCAGUUCCUAAGGAACGCGGUUAGUGCGCUAUGUCAGUGCAGACAAACACUGAUGUACACGUAUGCAUUCGCGUACUACCUGGAGAAGAGCAACCAAACGACCAUUUUUGAAGACAAUCAACAGGACUUGGAAAAAGCUACGGAAACUUUGUCGCAUUAUUUGGAGAAGGAUAUUGAAAAUGAAGAGCUGAAUGAGAUCAAGCGAAAGGUCCAAGAUAAGACUUCCUAUUGCGAACAACGUAGAAAGGCAUUGGAGGAUCAUGUUAGCGAGGGCUACGACAAAGACUGGUGGAGUCAUCUUAAUAUUGUGUAG